CACGUGGUAUUUGCACAACAGCCUCCAUCACGCAAACAAUAGAUCCCUGAGAUGCAAUCGCUAGCAUACCUAUCUUGAUCGACGUCUCCAGCCUAUGCAUCAAAAGCCUGAGCCAAACGUUUAACAUCUCAGCAUGCAGCCCAGCAGGCAUCAACACGCUUCGCCCUAGUGUUCGACUACAUCAACCGCCACCAUGGGACAGGGGUUCUCACUCACCACGCUUUCGGCUGGCACUGCCAAUAUCGAUGUACCGGAGCUGGCUGACCUGCAAUAUGAGAAGUCGCUUGGUGCUGCUCGUUUUAUGAAGGCCGUAAGGGCGCGGCACAAAGAUGGCCUUGUCGUGGCCCGCGUGGUCAUGAAGCCAUACGCGCAGUUCGACUUCGAGACUUAUGCAAGACGCUUGCUUCAUGAACGUAAGAUGCUUGCAGAGGUUCCAAACGCCUUGGCCUACCACAGGAUCAUUGAAACGGCUGCAUGCGGCUAUCUGGUCCGUCAAUACAUCCACAGCUCUCUGUACGACAGACUCAGUACGCGUCCGUUCCUCGAGGAGAUCGAGAAAAAAUGGCUGUCGUUCCAGCUGCUGUCUACUAUACGGGACUGCCACGCCAAGAACAUUUACCAUGGCGACAUCAAGACAGAGAACAUACUGGUCACAUCUUGGAACUGGCUCUACCUGACUGAUUUCUCGUCCGCCUACAAACCCGCGCAUCUCCCCGAAGAUAAUCCGGCUGACUUCUCCUUCUACUUCGAUCUGUCUGGACGGCGCACAUGCUAUCUGGCUCCUGAGAGAUUCCUGGCUUCUGGUCAGCAGCCAGAGGGUGAAGGUAAUAUCAACUGGGCGAUGGAUGUAUUCAGUGUGGGUUGCGUGAUCGCGGAGCUAUUUCUCGAAGCACCUAUCUUCUCUCUGAGCCAGCUGUUCAAGUACCGUCAGGGCGAGUACAACCCAGAGCACUCCCAUCUUAGCAAGAUCCAAGAUCUUCACGUCAGAGAACUCAUCAUGCAUAUGAUUCAGGUCGAUCCAAACUCCAGAAUGUCGGCCGAAGACUAUCUCACGCACUGGAGAGGCAAAGUCUUUCCAGACUACUUCUACGGUUUUCUUCAACAGUACAUGUUUUCGAUUACCGAUCCCUCGUCAGGACGAAAACCAGUCACGACAACUUCAGAACAUCUCGGAGAGCCAGACGAGCGAAUCGACCAAGUAUACAAUGACUACGACAAGAUCUCCCAUCUCCUUUCUAGCAGUGAAGGAAGAGAACUUGUGAAGCCGCGGCAUUCGCCACCAAAGCCAAAUGCGAAGUUGUUUCCGCUGCACAUUGACAUCCCUAACUAUCAACACCAAGCCUCGCCCGCACGAUGUCUUACGCAAGACGAUGGCAACCUGAUAUUUUUGACCAUUGUCGUUUCGUGCAUGCGAGGCACUGCUCGUGGUUCUGCCCGUGUCCGUGGCCUGGAACUUUUGUUGGCUUUCUCAGAACGACUGACCGACGAGGCAAAGCUGGACCGCGUCAUACCUUAUGUCGCGCAGCUGCUCACCGACAAGUCUGAACAAGUGAGGAUUACGGCACUACGAUCUCUUACUCAGAUUCUUGCGAUGGUUCAAGUUGUCUCCCCAAUCAAUGCCUAUAUCUUCCCCGAAUACGUUUUGCCACGGUUGGAAUCUUACCUCCCUGACUCUUCGUCAGCAGCAAACGAUCUGGUCCGGAUGCAGUACGCUUUAUGUAUAGGUACACUGGCGGCAACAGCUGCUAGGUAUCUCGAUAUGAUACAAGCAUUACGGGCAGAUGGCGCCCUGCCCGCUACCGAUCCUGAGGCCGAAGACAAUCUCUCCACAUCCGCUCAUCGUAAUCGCUUUGAUGUCGAUCGCCAGAACUUACUAGACGCCUUUGAGAAGCACACAAAGGCACUCCUGACCGAUACGACGGCAUCAGUUCGUCGCGCCAUGCUCCGUUCUGUAUCCGACUUGUGCGUGUUCUUCGGCAGUCCACGUGCAAACGACGUUGUACUCAGUCAUCUCAAUACGUACCUCAACGAUCCCGAUUGGAUGCUGAAGUGCGGCUUUUUCGAAGCGAUAGUCGGCGUCGCGGUCUUUGUUGGCGGAGCAAGCUUGGAGGGGUACAUCCUCCCUCUCAUGGUUCAAGCAUUGACUGAUCCAGAAGAGUUCGUCGUCGAGAAGGUCAUACGUGCACUGUCGUCAAUGGCAGAGCUGGGGCUGUUCCAAAGAUCAAAGACGUGGGAGUUGGUCGAUACUGUCGCACGACUUACGAUGCACCCGAAUCUCUGGAUACGAGAAGCGGCCGCUCAAUUCAUUGCGACUGCUUCCAAGUACCUUUCUAUUGCCGACACACACAGCAUUCUUGUCAAUCUUGUCAGGCCAUACCUGAAGGUCGUGCCUUCCGAAUUCUCACAAACGCGUAUCCUCGAGUCGCUCAAGAGACCGAUGUCAAGGCUACUCGUAGAGAUGGCCUCGAAUUGGGCUGUCCAGGCGCAAAAGGGACUUUUUUGGACGCAAGCGAGACAGCAACAAACCUUCACAUUUGGCUCCACAGAAGAAACUUUACCUGCCAUAUCAGGCCGUGAACUAGACGCAAAAGUGCUACAGAGGAUGCAGAAAAAUGCAGAGGACGAGUCUUGGGUGCAGAAACUUCGCAAUGCGGGUAUGACACCAGAUGAUGAGUUCAAACUUGUGGCUCUGCGGGAAUUCAUAUGGCGCGUGGUUCACAGGAGAAGGUCUGACAGCCUUGCAUCGACCCCAAAGAAAUUCAACAACAUUGUGACGCUGAAGGACCUUGGAGUCCACGCUCUCACUGUCAUUUUUGACGAGAACGUACAGCACACUGUCAACAAGGAUCGAUCGGCCAGCAGUCAACAUGAGGCUGUCUCUCAACCUCGAACACUUCAGGACGCACUGCUUGAUGCUUCCACUACUGAGGGCGAUGCUCUCGCAUCCAGAAUGCCUUAUGCGCAAAAUCAAGCUGAACGGCUGGUAUUAGAAGAGAGUGGUGGGCGACGUAUUGCGAUCCCGCCGCGCUCAAAUCCAGCAGGCUAUGCACGAGGAUCGCCGUCGUCUGAGAGCAGUCUUAGGCGACAUUCACUGCAAAUACCCAGCAGCGCAUCCCCCACUCGUUCCCACAUUGACUCAUUCGGUGUCACAGAGCACCCGCACACCUUGCAACACCGCAACAGCGCAUUGAGUCUAUUAAAGAAGAAAGAGAACAAAGCGCUACCAGAGAUUGGAACCACUUCUGCAAACGCUUUUGGGAAAGUUGAUGCAGCACAUGUAAGGGAGAGGUCUCGUUCCCGCCAGCCAAUGUCGCCACUUGCCAUUGACAAUACACAUCGAGGCUCUUCUCAUGUGCGCUUUAGAAAUGCGCACAACUACACAGGGAACGACCCUGCAAUCCUCAAGCUGUUGGAUUCAAUGCUUCAUGAGCGCUUUCCUCCAGGGGAAAUCGAGUUUGGUCCCCGCAUCCAAAUUCCACCAAGGAAACCACCCAUACGUUACAAGGACACUCAGCCAUUGAACAAAGGUGUUCCUUGGAGACCUGAAGGCUCAUUGGUUGCGACAUUUGGUGAGCACACCGCUGCUGUGAGCCGCAUCCUAGUAUCGCCGGACCAAGGCUUUUUUAUAAGCGGAUCAGACGAUGGCACCGUCAAAAUCUGGGAUACUUCGCGUGUAGAGCGUAAUAUCACUCGACGUUCUCGACAGACAUACAAACUCGGUGAUGACAUCAAGGUCACAAGUCUGACUUUUGUGGAGCAAACCUACUCCUUUGUGGCCACCGGUAGCGAUGGCAGCGUCCACGUCGUGCGAGUUGACUAUCUCCAAGGGCCCGAAGGUACUGUUAAGUUCGGUCGGCCCCGGCUACUUCGCGAGUACCAACUACCCCGGGGUGACCAGGCUGUAUGGUCUGAGCACUAUACUGAAGACAACAAGUCCGUGCUAAUCCUCGCCACAAACACCUCAAAGAUCAUCGCACUCGACUUGAGGACCAUGGAAGAGCUGUUCGUCUUGGAGAACCCGCUGAAUCAUGGAACACCCACUUGCUUCUGUGUCGAUAAGAAAGCACAUUGGUUGCUACUUGGCACAUCUCACGGUGUGCUCGACCUGUGGGAUCUCCGGUUCCAAUUACGCCUCAAAGCCUGGGUGUACAGCGGUGCAUCGCCUGUCCAUCGGCUUCUCCUGGUACCUUUGCCGGGGCGUAAGCUCAAGCAGCGGCUAUACAUCGCGGGUGGCAGCGGACAAGGAGAGGUAACUAUGUGGGAUUGGGAGAAGCAUCUCUGUGAGCGCGUUUACCGGAUCGGCGGCGGCAAAGAAACAGGACUCAAGAGCACGUUACUUACCGAUCUUGACGAAGAGAAGCCAGGUGGUAUGCUCAGUCGGUUCGCAACAGCGCUGGAACCAACCGCAAAUCAGAGCGCAGACCGUGGGAUUCGUGCGCUUGCUGUGCACUCACAGGCUGUUGACGAUAAGGGUGAUGCGAGACACACUUUCGUCCUCACCGCUGGGCCAGACUGGAAGAUCCGGUACUGGGACACUUACAAGCCAGAAGCCUCGAUGAUAGUCAGCGGUCUCGAGCCUGAUGAAGUCAAGCCGCAGUUCGCCGUCAGCCAACCAGGCGUUGAGACUACCGUAGUCACUGAACUCUCAUCGCAGCCUCAUACUCAGGUGCUGAUUAGUAGGGAGAGCAAGAGCUCGUCUUCAAGCAAGAAACCUGCGCCUAAGCCGAGCCGAACUGGUUUGAUUUCUCAGCAGCAGCAACAGCUUCUCAAGUCCCAUCUGGAUAAGAUUAUGGAUGUGGCGCUGAUUGAACAGCCGUAUGGGAUGGUCAUCUCUGCGGAUCGAUCGGGUGUCAUUCAUCUGUUCAUGUAGUUCCCAUAGAGCGUAGCGCAUCUGAAUUCAUUGAAAAAUCCACUUCG